AUAUAUUUCUCAAAACAUCAAUGAAAACUCUAUUAGGCAUAAUUCAAGUACAAGGAAUUAAGCAUUUGGAUUGUAAAGAGCGAGUUGGCAGGCUUGCGCCGCAUAGGACCUGUAAUAAACCUGAUGGUGCCAUAUUGUGUGACCGAAAUUGCGUAAAAGAAGGUUAUAACACAGGAAAAUGUGUAAUGAAAGGAACAAGCAAAAAUUGCAUCUGCACCAUGUAAGGGAACAAGCAAAAUUUGCACAUGCACCGCUAAAGACUUCCAUGCUCUCAAAUACUAAAGGUCUCAUCGAAAAUGGAAAUCGGUGCUUCGUUUUUUUGUGUGUGUUUUCUUUGCUGUUUUAAU